AUGUGGAAGGGGUUUCAGGGCCUGCAAGCGGUCGUGAAGGAAGGUUUGCAGGAGCUGGGCCGCGAUGCGCUCCGCGAGACAGGCAUGAUCAAGGAAGCCGUUGCGCCUCGGCUAGCCGGGUCGGGCAUCUUGGGAUUGGUUGGUGUGCAGUCGGGAGACGAGCGAGAAGGAGAGGGACGAGAGGAAGAGGAGGAGGAGGACGGAUGGGGUCUGGAGGACGACGAGGAAGAAGUGAAGGUUGACGAGCGAGUCGCGUCAGGAGAAUCCGAAGGGCCAAUUCCCUUGUCGUCGCAUCCCUCCGCCUCCGCGCUGGAGCCCUCGCCUGACAUAGAGCCACGUGGGGAAUCCUCGGACCACCCAGGCUUGGCUGUCGCCCCCAACACGAGCCUUUCCUCGCCGUCGCCUCGCGAGGACGACCUUCCCGUUACCGCGUCGUCUCAUAGCGAGGAUAGCGGUAGCGGUGGUGCGGUUCCCGCUGCGCUGCCAGAGUCCAGCGGGCUCAUGUCGUUUCUGGAGCCCGCGCACGAAACGGACGCGCAGAUGUUGCAGCCGCGCGCGGCGGAAGAGCGACCGGACACGCCCGUCGGUGAGAGGGAUGACGUGGCAGGUGAAGAGAGACGGGGUGGCGAUGCGGCCAGGGGAACGGAAUCAGGAACACCCGCUUCCAUUGAAGCUGGGAAACAGAGAUCAGAAUUGCCGGUGGAGGGUCGAGACGCGGGUGAGGCGGCCGCAGGGUGGGAACGGGUGGCUCCUGCGGAUGGGCAGGCGGAGAGCGCGGGUGGGGAGGGACUGGGUGGAGACGAGGGUUCUCCAGAGAUUGGGUUAGCGCGCGGGGAUGAUGGCCCUGGGGAGGCGGGAGGGCACGCGCAGGUGGCGGCAGGCGGAACCGCGGACGGGGAAAGCGGGGAUCGCCCGGCGGCGAGUGCUGCUGGGGUUGCCAGCGAGGAGGUGGGAAAAGGGGGAAGCGAGGAGGAGGAGGAGGAUCGGAAGAGCAGCGGGCGGGAGGUGGCGUCGCUGCGGCGACAGUUGGCGCAGCAGCGGGAGGUGAGCGCUGUUAGGGAGACGGCGCUCGUGGAGGAGCUGACGUGGAUGAAGGGCGAGCUGACGCGGCUGCAGGCGGCAGCGCGGGAGGCGGAGAAGGGGAAGGAGGAAGCGGAGAGGCGGAGAGAGGAGGAGGAGCGGAGGCGAGACGAGGAGGCGCAGAAGCUGAGCGCGGAGAGCGGCGCGCGGGAGAAAGCGCGGCGGAAGGCGGAGGGGGAGGUGGAGCGGCUGCAGGUGCUGUGCGCGCAGCUGCAGGCGUCGCUGGCGGAGGCGGCGGAGGGGCGCGAGGCGGACGCGAAGGCGCGCGAGCAGAUGGCGCGGAGGGUGGAGCGGAUGGAGGACGAGCUGGAGGCGGAGCGCGUGAAGGCGCGCAGCCUGCAGGCGGAGAUGGCGGACGUUGAGGCGGGCGCGGACGAGGAGAUGGGGGAGCUGGAGGAGCGCGUGGGCGCGCUGGAGGCGCGCGUGGCUGAGCUGGAGGCGGAGAAGAAGGGCAUGGCGCGCGCGGCGGAGGAGGAGAGGCGCGAGUGGCGAAGGAAGGUGGAGGCCGCGGAGGCCAUGUCGAGCGCUGCUGCUGCCGUGCAUAAGAAGGACCUAGAGGCGGUGGAGAGGAAGCGGGAUGCGGCGCAGCAGCAGGUGCAGAAGCUGCGAGAAGAGGUGGCAGGAGCAAACAAGGCGCUGGCGGAGGCGAGGGAGGCGGUGAGAGUGAGUGAGGCGGAGAGGGCGGAGCUUGAAGAGGUGGCGGGGGAGAGAGAGGCCAGCAUGGAGGCUGCUCGCACCCAGCUCACUCACCUGCAGGCCGAGUUGGAGAUGGCGCGGAGGGAGGCAGCGGAGGGCGGGGUGAAGGUGGCAGAGGCGAUGGCGGAGGUGUACGCAGCGAGGAAGGAGGCGCGUGCGCGGGGCAUGCAGGCCGAGGAGACCCACCAGCUCGAGGCCAAGCUCUCUGCCGCCACCGCUGCUGCUGCCAGCGCAGCGGCAGAGGCGGAGGAGCUGAAGGGGAAGGUGGCGGCGGGGGAGCGGGAGGUUAAGGAGGUGCAGCGUGGGCUUGCUGCUGUGGAGGCUGAGCUGGCGCUGGCCAAUCAGAGAGCGGCGGAGGCGGAGCAGCAGGCCGAGGAGGCCAAGAGGCAGCGUGCGCAGGCGGAGGGCACGAGUGAGCAGCUCAGGGAGGAGACGGAGCGCCGUGCCAAGUUAUUCAACGCCGCUGUCAAGGCUGCUGUCAGCAGGAUACAGUCGGAGUUGGAGGAGGAGCGGGACGAGGCGUUGCAGCAGGUGCAGCAGCAGGGGGAGGCGAUGGAGCAGAUGAGACAAGACAUGCGAGCUCUGGAGGUGCGGCUGGUGGAGGUGGAGGGGGAGCGGGCGGCACUGGAGAAGAGGGGGGAGGAGGCGGAGGGAAGGGAGGUGCAUCAGCGGGUGGUGGUGGAGCGACUGAGGAGGGAGGUGGAGGAGGGGGAGGGGCGCGUGAGAGCAGCAAUGGCGGAGGCAGAGGGGGAGAGGCAGGCUGGCAAGCAGCUGCAAGGCAAGCUGGCAGAGACGGAGGCGAGGAGGGCAGAGGCAGAGGCGGCGGUGGCGGCGAGAGAUAAGGAGGUGGAGGCAUUGCGGCAGCAGGUGGCAGACAUGCAGCGCGACAGCACUUCGCUCAAGGUGGCAGCGCUAGAGGCGUCCAACAGGGCAGGGGAGGAGGAGCGGCGGCUGCAGAGGAGAAUCAGCGAGUUGGAACAGCAGGUGGCCUCCGCUGCUGCCCGCGCUUCCAAGGCAGAGGAAGCUUCUGAGAAGGAAGGAACCAGGAGAGGGAGCGGUGAUGGUGCGGGGAGCAGUGGGAGCAGCACAGCAGUGGCGUCAUCCGCCAAGGCGCGGGCUGCUGGGGGUGGCGGUGGGGUUGGGGGGGCAGGGUGGAGCAACCCACUGGAGGGGUUGGGGCUGGAGACGGUGCGGUGGAAGGAUAAGCUCAAGGCGGAGAGUGAGGGCGACGUGGAGGUCGGGUCAUCAUCCGCCGACAGAUUACGGAAGUCUCGCCUCGCGCAUUCGAGCCAGAAUCUGCCUGCCACGUCAGCAGGCACACUGGCCUCACUGGUUGGCUCGGCCCGCCGCCUCUUCUUUGAGGAUGAUCGUCUUUCUGCUGCGCCUGGGAGAGUGUCUCGCCGCACCUUCCUUCUAAUUGCUUAUGUCUUUCUCCUCCACCUCAUGCGCGAGAGGCAGACCUCCACAGCAGCCAUGGCGGACCCCCCAUCUCACUCCGGGCGACCGCCUCGCACGCCGCGGACCCCGACGCUGCGCAGCAUACCGACGUUGCGACGCGGGAUGAGCAAGCGAGACUGGGAGCUGGAGCACGACGAUAAGGAGAGACGGCGGCGCGAGCGGAAGGAGCAGAAGCUGGAGCGGAAGCUGCACGACCUGGAAUCGGAGGAUGACGCGGAGCGCAGCGAGGAUGAACCCGGUCACCACCACCGCCGCAUGCGGCCCAAAGUGCCGAUGCUGAAAAAGUUCAAACAGACGAUGAAGAAGAAGAAGUACCAGAAACUUCUGGAGAAGCUGCAGGAGAUUCAGGACGAGCGGACGGAGGAUGAGUUGGCGAAGGUCGGCGAGCUGCGGAAGAUUCUGGCGGAGAAGAACCUGCUGCCGCCCAGAUUCAACGAGCACCACAUGCUCCUCAGGUACUCCAGCAACACACUGCACGUCGCGCCCCUCUUUUUGCCCUCAUCCUGCCCUCCCACCGCCCCUCUCUCCGCCUGCCGUCCUUGUGGGGGGGGGGACGGCAGGUUUCUGAAGGCGCGCAAGUUCGACAUGGAGAAGACGACGGAGAUGUGGGCCGCCAUGCUCAAAUGGCGCGACGAGUUCGGCGUCGAUGAAUGCCUCAAGUUCGAGUUCCCGGAGCUGGCGGAGGUGAAGCGCGUGUACCCGCACGGGCACCACGGCGUGGACCGCGAGGGCCGCCCCAUCUACAUCGAACUCAUUGGGCGCGUCGACGCCACCAAGGUGCAAGCUCACAGGGGAGAGAGGGGGGAUGAAGGAGCGGCUGUUAGCAGGGAUGGAGAGAGGGUGCUGGGCAUAACAACGAUGGAGCGGUUCCUAAAGUACCACGUGAAGGAGUUUGAGCGCACCUUCGCCCUCAAGUUCCCCGCCUGCUCCCUCGCUGCCAAGCGCCACAUCGACCAGACCACCUCCAUCCUUGACGUCGCUGAAAUGGGUAUGAAAAACUUCUCAGCAGAUGCCAGGAACUUUCUGGCAAUGGUGUCGAAAGUAGAUGGCGAUAACUACCCCGAGACGCUGAACCGGCUGUUUGUGGUGAAUGCGGGGUUUGCCUUCCGGUCGCUGUGGUCGGGCAUCAAGGGCAUGCUCGACCCUAAAACCGCCUCCAAGAUCCAGGUGCUGGGCACGGACUACAAGAAGAAGCUAUUUGAAGCCAUCGACCCCAGUCAGCUGCCGGAGUUCUUUGGCGGCACGUGCACGUGUGAGGGUGUGGAGGGCGGGUGUCUGAUGUCGGACAAGGGGCCAUGGCGCGACGGGGACAUCCUCAGAGUCGUGCGGCUGCAGCGCACGGGCACCAUCAGCGGGGGCGACAACACCGAGGACGUGCUGCGAGGGGGGCGCAUCCGCUGGCAGUCGGGCCAGUUCAAGCUGGACGCGGAGGACAUAGAGGUCACGGGCAGCGAGGUGUCGUUCAAAGAGCUUCAAAAGCCCGCACCCUUCCCCCUGACUUUUUCCUCUCCCCCCCUCUCCCACUCCUCCCCCCUUUCCCCCUCGCUCCCCCAGCUGGAUGCGGAGGACAUAGGCGACACGGGCAGCGAGGUGUCGGACCUGGACGACCUGGGCACGCCGUCCUUCAGCGGGCUCACCACGCCCAACUUUGACCUGGGUCAACACGACCUGCACAACCUCGACCUCGUUCGUAACACACCCCCUUUGCCCUCAUGCUCCUCCGCACACCCAUCGUCCAUCAUGUUAAAGAGGCGUCUUAACUCGCUCAACUCGAGUCGUUACUUCAACGACCCCACCACCACCACGCCCUCCUCCGCCGCCUCCGCCGCGCGCCGCUCCGCCAGCAUGCAGCGCCGUGCGCCCGCGUCCACGCACCGCGCUGCAGGGCCGCACAUCAGCAUCAGCAUCAGGCGGGGCAGCGCUAGCAGGCGUGCCCAUGAUGGCGCCCUCCUCCUCCUCGGCGCCCGACUCACUGGCAGCAGCCACGGGGGCUCGUCUCGCUGCUCAUGUCCUUCUUCUCAGCUGUCGCCAACCUGCCGCUCCUCUUCUCCCGCAUCGUCAUCACCGUCACGCCGCCCGCCCACCCGCCUGGAGGGCGGCGGCGGGGCGGCAGGGGGGGCGAUGGCGCCGCCCGGGGCGCAGGCGAUGCUGACACCGGAGCAGCUGCUGCGGCGCGUGCAGGAGCUCGAGAGCCAGGUGGAGAAGCUGGCAUCGGGUCCGUCCACGCCCGCCCUGGCCCCGCGCCCAGAGCCCCCCCCGUCGGACUGGCCGCAGCCGGCAGUGGAUGCGCGUCACAGCCCUGGAAUGCUGAAGGAGCUACUGGACAGCCAGGAGCAGCUGAGAGUGCUCAUUGAACAGCUGCAACUACGCAAGAUUUACGAUCGAGUCGACGACAAUCACCAUCGCCAUGCCACCAAUCCUUCUCUCCCCUUGCACCGCGUGACCCUCUCCGCACUCAUCAACGUGUCCCUCUCUCCCGCCGCUUCCGCGCGCGCGCAUUCCCCCCCCCCCCACCCCGGCAGGUGGGGAUGGGCGCAGGGCGCGGGGGAGACGCAGCUGCGCGCGGAGUACGAGAGUCAGCUUUUCGACGGCGUGGUGACGGUGCUGGUCACCACCGACGAGGUCAAGCUGCUGGUGCCAACACCGGACGAGCUGAGAAAGCCCAACCCCACCUUCGACUACGCGCCCUACCGCGAGCGCUUCCCCCUGCCACAGGGCUCAGCGCGCUUCACAGCCAUCAACCACGUGGACGUCUUCUACGACCCGCUGGGCUGCCUGCCGCUGGGCGACCUUGCCGCCACGCCCCUCGCCGCCUCCACCGCUCUGCAACGCAUCCCACCGGGGCUGCAGCACAUCUGCCACUCGUGCUUCUUCUUCUUCACAUUCUCCUUCCUCACUCCGCGCGAUGCCGACGCCGUGGGAGCGGGGUGCCAGCGCAUGUCGGACAAGUACAGUGUGUGCGCGCCCGACAGCAUCCCUGUCGCGUUUGGAGCGGCGCCGGCGGGUAUUCCCGAGGUGCAGAGGGCGUCGGGGUUUCUCUUUCCCGACUCGGAGCUCGCCGAGGAAGACACCUCCUCCAAGCUGCGCGAGCCCUCCCGCUCCCUCGCCCAGAUAGCACUACCGGGGGGGGGGGCGUUGGUGACGUUCAACACGACGCCGCAGUGGGACGACGCGCUGCAGGUGUGGCAGCCCAAGUACUACCUCGCCACCAACGCCUCCAAGGUGGUGGGCGUGGGGCAGGCGGUGACGACAACACUAAUCAACGAGGCCUACGUGGCGUAUGACACCAAGCGCACCACCUACGACGCCUACACGCACGCCCUCGUCUCCCCCGCGUCAGCGAAUGCCACGUAUGGCGCGCUGGGCGUGGCGGGCGCCUUCCCCAAGGACCUCUCCUUUGCCCUCGCCUCGCCCCGCCAAGGCACCUUCCAAGUCGUCGCCUCUGGCUUCUCCCAGGUGACACCCAAGUCGGCGCCUCUCCAUGCAGCUGUCUCCCUCUCCCUACCUCUGGCAAUCAUAGCUGCUGCUCUUGCUCUUCUCCUCUGA